UAUAAAUAUGACCAUAGAGCUGCAGUCCAGGUUGUGUGACUUUACUCUCAUUUUUUAAGCACUAGAUUAGCAGGAUAAAGAAAUCUCUUUUUGCAAUGGCUGUAAAACUCACUGCUGAAAAGAAGGCUGAGCUGAAAAAGAUUUUUGACAAAUAUGAUGCUGACAAGAAUGGAGAGCUCACACUAGAGGAGCUGUUUGCUGCAUUCAAAUCUGCUGGUCUCCCAAUGUCAAAGGUUCAAGUUGCUAACAUGCUCUCAGCAGCUGACACUGAUGGUAGUGGCACGUUGAACUAUGAGGAGUAUUUGCAAUACAAUGCUAAAGAGGCAACAAAAGAAAACUUUGAUAAAUAUGACAAGAAUGGAGAUGGAGUUCUUGGGCCCGAGGAGGUUACUCUACUGGCCAAAGAUCUAGGCUAUGAUCGGGUUACUCCUAAAGUAAUAAAAGAUCUCAUCAACUCUGUUGACAAGGAUGGUGAUGGUGUCAUCAAUUUCCAAGAAUUUCAAAACUUGAAUGCUAAAAAGUAACUCAGGGAACAAAGCAAUGAACAAGAACAUUAAUUAUAAUAGUUAGCCUUGUCACAAUGCUUUGUGUGAGAAUUAGAUAUUUCUGGUUUUACAUAUUCUUUAAUAAUAAUAAUAAUAUCAA